GAGUGAUGUCAACAGUCAGAGACUGCACUCUAACCACAGAAUGUCAGUGGAACACUGGUAGCUUUAAGAAAGAAAAAAAUCCUGAAAUUGCUGAAAAAUGUCUAAGGUAUACAAGAAAACCUCUGGGAAUGGCGCACUUACCCUUUACCUGGGAAAGAGAGACUACGUCGACCAUGUUCAGAAUGUGGACCCCAUCGAGGGAGUGGUGAAAAUUGAUCCUGCAGACCUUGGAGGCAAGAAAGUGUUUGUGCAGCUGGCCUGUGCUUUCCGUUAUGGCCGUGACGACCUGGAUGUCAUUGGACUGUCCUUCAGGAAAGACAUCUGGUUCAAGCACCUCCAGUUGUACCCUGCUGCUGACCACAAACCCACCCUCACUCCCAUGCAUGACUGCCUGCUCAAGAAGGCAGGAGAGCAGGGCCAUGCCUUCACUUUCGACAUUCCCGUAAACCUUCCCUGCUCUGUCACACUCCAGCCAGGACCAGAUGAUGCUGGAAAGGCUUGUGGUGUGGACUUUGAAGUGAAGACCUACAUUUCAGAUGUGGCAGACCCAGAAGAGAAACUUGACAAGAAAGACACAGCCCGUCUGAUCGUCCGUAAGAUCCAGUUUGCUCCAGAUGCAACGGGUGCUUCUGGUCCCAAGGCCGACAUCUGCAAGAGCUUCAUGAUGUCUGACAAGCCUGUCCACCUGGAGGCCUCUCUGGAUAAGGAGAUCUAUUACCAUGGAGAUCCAAUCAAUGUCAACGUCAAAGUCAAGAAUGAAACCACCAAAACAGUGACAAAAAUUAAAGUCACAGUUGACCAGACUACAGAUGUGGUGCUCUACUCCGCGGACAAAUACACCAAAACCGUACUUUGUCAAGAGUUUGGAGAGACAAUAGAUGCCAAUAGCACAUUUGAUAAAUCCCUCACCAUCAUCCCCCUACUGGCCGACAACAAGGAGAAGCGCGGUCUGGCGCUGGACGGCAGACUGAAGGAUGAGGACACAAACCUAGCCUCCAACACUAUUAUGAGAGACGGUAUGGAUAAAGAAGUGUUGGGAAUCUUGGUCUCCUACAAAAUCAAGGUCAACUUGAUGGUGUCUUCAGGAGGCUUGUUAGGAGGUCUCACAGCCAGUGACGUACAGGUGGAGCUCCCCUUGAUCCUUAUGAACCCCAAACCCCAAGAUGUAGGUCUCCCGGUGGGAGAGUAAAGAACGCAUGUUACCCUUGAGGCUGAGUACAUUCCCCCAGCAGAAGAAAGACGAGGAAUGAGGGACUGCAAAGUUCAAUGGAGCAAAGCUGUUGAUGGCUGUCCAGAUUGAAAGGCUGAUGACCAAAGCAAAAAGAAACUGGAAACCUCAUAGGAAGAACCAUCAAUAAAAACAAUAACAGCUUUAUAUGAUGUUGAUAUCUCUCACUAUUACGGCCAUUUUAGUAUUGUAUUUGAGUGGUUUGAGCCUGUAGUACCUGUACUGUAAUGUAGAUAUCCAGCCAUGCGUAUGAGUCACAUCAUUUCAAACGUACCUUAAUUAACCAUUCACUCUGUACUUCUCACAUAAAACCAAGGGGGGUUAAUGAACACAUUCAGUAUAAAGGGGUUUAUUGGUUUGCGGAUAAAACUCUCACCUAAACUACUCCAUCAAACAGGGAGUCCGGUUGUACUCAGUUUAUCAUAUUCAAAGAAUUGUGUUUUUCUGUGGUAUGUAUGUAUGUUUUGGACUGAUAAGUCAUUGAACCAAAUAAAAACAACUCAUAUACUUCUAA